UCUAUUUUUUCUUUGAAUAAAUAAACGAUAAUUUUCCUUUGUUCGUUGAUCGUUGAAACCUUCUCUCAUAUUAAUUGAUUUUUGGCCUUUCUGUAGCUUCCUUCCUCAAUCUAUCAGUAUAUAUACACGUCAAAAAGCAAAUACCUCAACCUCUCCAACCAUUUAUUGUAAAAUUUAAUGUUUUUUACAAUCUCUCUUGUUUAAGAACUAAAAGGAAGAAAAAAAUAAUUAUUUCGGGCCCUCAUCAGCUUUAUAGAUUCGUUUCUCUUGCCACUCCAGUCCACACGUUUUCUUUUCUUUCUUUCUUAAUUUUUUUUCUGUUGGCCAUGGAAGAGCUAAUAAUUUCUCCAUCUUCAUCUUCUUCACUGGUUUCUUUUUCCCAGGAAACUCCACCUUCAACUCUCCAGCAGAGGCUCCAAUUUGUAAUCCAAAGCCAGCAAGAGUGGUGGACAUAUGCUAUAUUUUGGCAGACAUCAAACGAUGACCACGGUCGUUUGAUCUUGGCUUGGGGAGAUGGUCAUUUUCAAGGCACCAAAGAUACGUCUCCAAAAUUAAGUGUUAAUAAUAUUUCCAACAGUCAGGGCUUACAUAACGAAAGAAGAAAGGUGAUGAAAGGAAUCCAAGCCCUCAUUGGAGACAACCAUGACAUAGAUAUGUCGAUGAUCGACGGCAGUGAUAUCACUGAUGCUGAGUGGUUCUACGUGAUGUCUUUGACUCGAUCUUUCUCUGCUGGAGAUGGGAUUCCAGGCAAGGUUCUUAGUACUGGCUCUUUGGUUUGGUUAACCGGUGCUCAUGAGUUGCAAUUUUACAGUUGUGAAAGAGCUCGAGAAGCACAAAUGCAUGGCAUUGAAACACUGGUUUGUAUACCAACUUCUUGUGGGGUUCUUGAACUAGGAUCUUCAGAUAUGAUCAGGGAAAAUUGGAGUUUAGUCCAGCAAGUGAAAUCCCUAUUCGGGUCCGAUCCCAUUGGCUUGGUACCAAAGCAAUCAAGUCCAAAUCCAAAUAUAACCCCUGGUCCAAUCCAGUUCCUUGACAGAAACAUCUCUUUUGCAGACAUCGGCAUAAUAGCCGGUGUUCAAGAAGAAGAUAAAAGCCCUGAUAACAAGCAAGAAAACCACAGCAACCAAACGAAGAAAGAUUCCACAAAACCUGAGCAAUAUUCUUAUGCCGAGUCAGAGCAUUCAGAUUCUGAUUGCCCGUUACUUGCCAUGAAUAAUAUAGAGAAGAGAGUGCCAAAGAAACGUGGAAGAAAACCCGGGCUCGGCAGAGAGACACCGUUGAACCACGUGGAAGCUGAGAGGCAACGCCGUGAGAAGCUGAACCACAGGUUCUACGCUCUACGAGCUGUAGUCCCGAACGUGUCGCGCAUGGACAAAGCAUCGCUCUUAUCUGACGCUGUUUCGUACAUCAAUGAGCUAAAAGCGAAAAUUGAAGAAUUGGAAUCACAGCUUCAGAGAGAGUGUAAGAAAGUGAAGGUAGAAAUGGUUGAUGCUAUGGAUAACCAAAGCACUACCACUUCUGUGGACCAGGCAGCCAGGCCUAGUAAUUCAUCAUCCGGAACUGCUGGGUCUGGUGGCCUUGAAGUUGAUAUCAAGAUUAUGGGAAAUGAUGCAAUGAUAAGGGUUCAAUCAGCGAAUGUGAACUAUCCAGCUGCUAGGUUGAUGGGUGCCCUUCGUGAUCUAGAGUUUCAGGUCCAUCAUGCAAGCAUGUCGUGUGUUAACGAGCUCAUGCUCCAGGAUAUUCUCGUCAGGAUUCCUGAUGGAUCGAGAACUGAAGAAGGCCUCAAAUCUGAUCUUCUCAGGAGGCUAGAGCAGUAAGGUUAUCUAGUAAGAGUUUGGAAUAUCUGUUUUUAAUGCUUUAUUUUCUUUGUAAUAUCCCUUUAUUUUUUGUUCUCCAAGUUCUUUUUGGUUUAUUUUGUAUUUUUGCUUCAUUGGAUUUCCCUUUGAGCUUUAUUUUCUGCUUGACAUGUAAUUAAGGAGAUAAAUUCAAGCAGCUUUUGUUUUUUAAAGUUUCUGCAGUACUUUCUUUGAUCUAAAUUUUCUACAUAUCUUUCUUGUGGCUGUUCCCCAAGUC